AUGACAGCCGGGACAGUGGUCAUCACAGGCGGGAUUCUAGCUACAGUAAUCUUACUGUGCAUCAUUGCAGUACUGUGCUACUGUAGACUGCAGUAUUAUUGCUGUAAGAAGGAGGAGUCCGAGUCGGAGGAGGAGGAGCCUGACUUUGCCGUGACGUCUCGUCUGCCGCCCAUACACUCCAACCACAACAUCCUGGCUCCUGCCGUCCCCGCGGCACCCACCCCCAACGGGCCGGCCCUGUUCACGCCCCCUCCGCCGGCGCGCAAGCUGACCCGCUCGCAGACGUUCUGCCCGUCCUGCACGCACUACGACAUGCCCUUCUACCUGCAGCAGCCUGACGGCCUGAGGAACGGCGGCGAGCGUCUGAGCUUCCGCAGCUUCCAGGAGCAUGACCUGGACCUGCCCACGCCGCUGCCCACGCCGCUCCCCAACUACCACAAGCUCAACCUGAACCGCUCCGUCACCAUGAGACAGAUGUUCACACGCAGCUGCAGCAUCAGCACCGACGUCUAGCGCACGGACAGCUUCUGACCUGCGCCCCCUGCAGGCCUGGAGGUCCAAACACAGGCCAAUAUGGACGCUCGAUUGGAGCUCGGGCUCGCCGGACGCUCGAUGCAGCGUAAUAAAG